AUGGAAGACUAUACACAGCAAGAGAUGGCUGAUAUUCUUUCAACCUUCAGGCAGCGGCCAAAGGAACCGUUGGAUGAGUGGGUUGUCAGACUAACCGAGACAGGGACAGGAGGCAUCAAUCUUGAUGCCAUAGGCUCACCUACGUUGGCCACUAUCUCAGAGGACGAGAAUGUCAGGAGGAUGUUUUUAAAUGGACCUCCCGCGAUUGAUGGGAAUCCAGCUUCACUCACCCUCCUUGAGCUUGUCCAGAUAGGGUUGAAACUGAGGUACCCAUCUGUCAGUGACUGGCCAGAUAACGACAAACCAUGGUACAGGCUGACAGAUGCAGUAAGGAAGCUGAAGCAGGAAAUUGUCCAACAGGCUAUCCAGAAUUCCCAACAGCUGGAAAGGGUGAUGGAAAUGCCUGUGACAGUCCAAAUGAGAAAUAAGAUCAUAAAAACUGCCCAUCCAGCAUAUAAGCAGGUAACAAUGACACUGCUUAUAAAUCAAACCGGAAACCCAUUGCAAUUGGUUACUGAAGCCAUUAUGCAAUUGGGAGAUUUGGGAGACUGGGCACCCAGGACCCAGGUGCCCAAAAACCCUGGUGAGGGAGGAUCCUCAAAACCAGGUCCAUCCACAUUCAGAUCAGCUGGGACACCGAAGGAUGGAAAUAAUGAAAACCGGGUAAGUAGAAAAGAAAUGUUCCUAGUUCUCCUCAGAGAGAGGGUAAGUAAAGAACAUAUCGAUGGAAAAGAUACUUCUACACUCUGGAAGCUAUACAAGAAAAAGGGAUUUCAUAAGAAAGGAGUCAAG